UACAGUGCAAGAGAAGAGAGGACGGAUAGUUAUACUACAAGACAGCUUGAUUUUAAAGUCCAUGUCCCGCUCAAAUGUGAGUUUGGUGGCGGUGGGUGACGAUUCACCUGCCCUGCCUCCACCGUACACACCAGUACCCCCAACCCCCAGGGAUCCCCUAGACUGCUGGGCCUGCGCCGUCCUCAUCACUGCUCACAACCUGCUGGUGGGAACCACCAACCUGCUGAUAUUCAUCCUGCUGUGUGGAGGUGCCCUCGCCCCGUCUGCCAUCAUGCUGCUCUACGGAUUCCUGUGCCAUCCACAGUUUCGUCGUCCCAAGGAGACACUUUGCUCCACGCUGCUCACGCCGGUGGCUUGCACUACCUUGCUCGUCUUUGGAGUCAUUCUCUUCAUUCCAUUCCUGAUUCUUGGGCUUGCUGCAUACGCCCGCCUGGCUCAGGCUCUUCAUCUGGGUUCCUGCUUCCUGCCGUAUAGCCGUGCAAUGUAUCAGAGCCAACCAGAACGCAAAAACAGAGCCAAGGAACAGCACAAAGAGGGCAAGGCCUGGGUGUGAUAAGGCCUGACUCAGCGCAAGGUUUUAUUACUCAACGACCUCCACAAUGACUGGCUGAAAAUUGUAAUAACAUGCCCACCUCUACCACAACACUGAUCUUAAAAUCUGUCAUUUAAAUAUCCCUCAAGCAGUGGUUCUCAACCUAGUUUUCAAGGCUCACCAACGAUCCAGGUUUGGUCACUUUCACAAUAGGAGCAGAACGGUGAAAUGCCUAAAUCCUAGACUGUUGAUGUGCUUUGGUAAUCGAGAUGGGAACCACUGCCUCGUUGUGAGCAUGCAUAACCUCAUCUUAUGAGAUAACCCCUUCCUACUGUGUGAUUUCAUUGUGGAACCUGCGAUAUCUAAGAAGUCACUAGAUGGUAGCACACAUGGUGUUAUAAGACAAACACACUGCCCAAACCAACAGACAAUAGAACUCUCGGCAUUUGCUGUUUGGGCAAACUAGACUUAUCAUUCCCAAGUGAUACAAUGCAGAUACCCAACAACCUGCACCCCCACUUAUUUGAAAUGUAAGACGUUCUGGGUGCACAGCUGGUAAUGUGGAUUCCUUCAUUUAAUUUGAUAUUUUGUGAUCAUAUAUUCUGUCUCUCGCACCUGAGCUAAUCUCUGACAAUCACAAAAACAUCCUCCGCAUUUUAUUUUUGUAUGAAAUAAAAUUCAUUA